AUGGGUAUCAAAGGACUUCACGGUCUCCUGAAAUCCAUCCAAAAACCAUGCCAUCUUAAGAAGUUUGCCGGCCAGACUCUCGCGGUGGACGCCUAUGGCUGGCUGCACCGUGGUACAGUUGCUUGUUCCGUGGAUCUGGUCUUGGAUAGGCCAACAAGGAAACACAUUGAUUUUGUUCUUCAUCGAGUCCGUAUGCUCCUUUACUUCGGAGUAGUGCCUUACAUGGUCUUCGAUGGCGACGACCUUCCCAGCAAAGCGGCGACCGAAGCCGAUCGACACCGUCGCCGACAAGAGAGCAAGGCCUUGGGAUUGGAACUACAACGGAAGGGCAGAAUCCCGGAGGCCUAUCAGGAAUUCCAAAAAGCCGUCGACGUUACGCCCUACAUGGCUCGCCAAUUGAUUGAAGAACUAAAGAAAAUGAACGUACAGUACGUGGUGGCUCCAUAUGAGGCUGAUCCUCAGAUGGUGUAUCUCGAACAACAGGGAAUUGUACAUGGUAUCAUUUCCGAGGACUCGGAUUUGUUAGUAUUUGGAGCGAAACGCUUGCUGUCGAAACUGGAUCAACAUGGCGAGUGUAUUGAACUCAACCGAGCAGAUUUUACUGCUUGUCGAGAAGUGAGCCUGGUGGGAUGGAGUGAUGCCGAUUUUCGUCGAAUGUGCAUUCUUAGCGGCUGUGACUAUUUGGCCAAUAUUCCCAAGAUGGGAUUAAAGACGGCAUACCGCAGCAUUCGCAAGCACAAGACUGUGGAGAAAGCGCUGCGGAUGCUUCAAUUUGAAGGCCAGUUCAAGGUCCCAGCUGAUUACCUUAAAGACUUCAAGCAGGCCGAAGAUACUUUUCUCUAUCAGCGUGUUUUCUGUCCCAAGGCAAAAAAGCUGAUCCCUUUAACCACUCCCGACGAGGGAGUAGAUCUUGAGGAAAUGCCGUUUGUCGGAGCCGAUGUGGACCCAGAAACUGCGGCUGGGGUCGCUUGCGGGGAUCUAGACCCGACGACCAAGGAGCCCAUUGAAAUGAAACCGCUGGUUGCAGGUAAAGUGCCCAUGGGUAUUAGUCGCCGUCAGACAUUGGGGUCGUCUUCAGAGCUGAAGCCUAGCAAGCCUAUCAACACGUUCUUUACUCCGAAACGCAAACCUCUCGCCGAGUUGGAUCCGAACAGCCUGACUCCAUCACCGAGUCAGCAGAGACUGCUGGAGCGGAAUGCGAACAACUCCUGGCAACCCAACUCAGUGCCCUUACGAUCCAACACAGUUAGGGCAACUCCGGUUCGAGCCUUCUCUGACCAAGGUCUCAGCCCCAUGGUUCGAAGCGUUGGGCGAAACACAAUCUUGGCUCAGACUGCGCGGGCAUCAAACCUGCAGCCGACCAAGAGACAGAGACUUUGCUCCGAAGCCGAGGAUGACUCCCUUCCUGCUCGUCCAAGCGUCCAAAGUCGGUUCUUUGCUGCUACUACUACUGAACCAGUGAGCCCUAGUGGACAGAAAGUAUCUCGGAGUAAAAAGGCACGCCAGUCCAUGAUGGACGUCUUUUCGGAUGAAGUCGCGGAGGAUAUCUUCUCACGGAUUUCCGAUCCUGUUUUGAAGGCGAAGACUAUGACAGACCAAGGGGAUACCAAUCCUGAGAAUACCCCUUCGAAGGGAAAGAGCGAGGUGGAGGUCAAGGCUGUGGCCGUUCCUGAUCCGAAGACUGACGAUGAUCAAGCCCCAAUGGAGACUCCAGCGUCAGAGUCCGGGUUCUCGUCUGAGGACAACAAGUUCAACCAGGCUCUUGGGUAUCAUGUCCAACGACAGAACUCAACUAUUUCCAAAUUCACGUUUACAUCUGGAUCUAAACCUGCUUCCCCUGUUCAGCGCUCCCCUAUGACCAGGAUUCCGGUGAUUCAGACCAGUCAAAGGGAUGCAUUUCUUUCGUCCCCUCGGACACCCAUGAUCGACUCUCGACACAAGAGCCCUCAACGGCAGCGUCUUACUCCGCUGCAGCGGAUGGGUCAAGCGGCUCUUCACCGCUCACGUAGCAUCAACUUUCCCACGUCGCUCAGACACGCGGAUUCUUCAGAGUCUCAGUCGGAUGAGACGCCAGUCACUACUGAGGCUAACACGCCCCAAGGUAGUGAGGAUUUCAUAAUUCCGGACAGCGAUGAUUCGGAAGAAGAGAUUGCUACCAGCUUUGGACAAACCCCGACGUUGGAUUUAAAGCGGUUUUCGUUUGCCGCUAAAUGA